CCUAAUUCGCCUGUCUACCGCUUCCAUUUGGCGAUCAAUUGCUUGAAAGUGGACUACGACCUCCCCAGAUGCACGGAUUUUAGUGUAUCAUCAUCAAUCGUGGCUAUUGCGAUUUUCAACCCUAGGGUUUUUCUUCUUGCUGAGUUCGUCUCUCCUCAAUCAGUCGGGAAGAAGAAAAUAAACCCAAGUUUGUUUGUUUUCUUUUCCCCUUUUGGGGGCACUGGGGUGAGUUAUAUUUUGGCUUUUCUUCAGCUGGUGUGCUUCAUGUCAUUGCAUGUUCAGAAGACUGUUAAGAGCAUUUGUGGUGUUUUUGAUCGUCAUAUACCCUUUGCCUAUUUUCAUCUAUCCUUUCGAAGCUGUUCCCAUACCCUGUCUUCUGCGAAAUUUUCUGAUGUUGACUUGGUAAUUUCUAAAGUUCGGGUUGGAUGCAGUGAGGAUGAAGUUUUCCAAUCUCUCUUGCAGGAUCAAGCAUGUAACAGCAUACAAUUUUCCCAUGAACUUGUUUACAAGCUGCUCCAACGAUUCAAAGAUGAUUGGAAGUCUGCCUUGGGUGUUUUCAGAUGGGCAGAAUCACGCUCUGGAUUCAAGCACACGCCAGAGUUAUAUGACAUUGUAAUAGAUACAUUGGGCAAAACAAAGCAAAUGGUCAAGAUGAGAGGUAUGCUAGAAGAAAUGAAGGAAGCCCAUCUCGUGACGCUUAAUACCGUAGCUAAGGCGAUGCGGCGGUUUGCUGGUGCUGGGCAAUGGGAAGGUGCUGUAAGGACAUUUGAUGAUUUGGGAAGUUUUGGGUUGGAGAAGAACACCGAAUCUAUGAAUGUGUUGCUUGAUACUCUGUGCAAAGAGAAGAAGGUCGAGCAAGCUCGACAGAUAUAUUUGGAUCUCAAAUUGCAUAUUUCCCCAAAUGCCAACACAUUCAACAUUUUUAUCCAUGGUUGGUGUAAAGUUGAAAGGGUUGAUGAGGCACAUUGGACACUACAAGAGAUGAAGGGGCACGGUUAUCGGCCGUGUGUCAUUAGCUAUUCAACGAUCAUCCUAUUUUAUUGUCGUCGUUUCAACUUUAGUAAGGUUUAUGCAUUGCUUGAUGAAAUGGACGCUCAAGGGUGUCCAGCAAAUAUCAUCACUUACACCACCAUCAUGUGCUCACUGUCAAAGUCAGAAGAGUUUGAGGAAGCUCUGCAAAUUGCUGAGAGAAUGAAAUCUGCUGGGUGUGAACCCGAUACGCUUUUUUACAAUUGUUUGAUCCAUACGCUAGGGAGAGCGGGCAAAGUAGGGGAAGCUAUUCACGUAUUCAAAGUAGAAAUGCCAAGCAAGGGCGUUUUACCGAAUACAUCAACCUACAAUUCGAUGAUUUCGAUGUACUGUCAUGGUGCACGAGAAGAAAAGGCUAUGAAACUGGUUAAGGAGAUGGAGAAUUCAGGGGUUUGUAAACCUGAUGUUCAGACAUAUUACCCAUUACUUAAAUCCUGCUUUAGAACUGGAAAAACAGAGUAUAUUCUGAGUAAGUUAUUGGAUGAGAUGAUGAAUAAACAUCAUCUAAGUCUUGAUAUAUCAACAUAUUCCCUUCUGAUUCAUGGCCUUUGUAGAGCAAAUAAGUGUGAGUGGGCUUACCAGCUGUUUGAGAAGAUGAUUGGUCAGGAUAUAAAGCCAAGGUACCUUACAUGUCAACUGCUUUUGGAUGAAGUUAAGCAGAAGAACAUGGAUGAAGUUGCUGAUAGGAUUGAAGGUAUCCUGAAGAAAUUGUAAUUGUGACCUUCUCCCGCGUUUCUUUGGUAACAUUUUUGUUUCUCGUU